AUGGCUCCUGCGAAGCUCCUCUUCGCGAUCGUAAUCGCGCUCCAGGCCUCCGCGAUUUUCGCGCAGACCUGCUCGUGCGCCGACUGCGAGACGGUGGCUCCUCCAUGCUACGCCAGCAGGUGGUACACGUGGUGGAUCAAGGACGACUGCAGCUCGCAAACCCUCUGGAACAGCGUCAAGGCGUCAUCUGACAUUCGCAGCAGCGUCUUUGCAGUAUGGGGCCCAGGCACCCAGGGCGCCAGCUCCAGCUUCCAGAGCUACGUGCUCAUGGCAGCGGGCAACACCAGGAACCUGCAGUGCGUCAAGACUUAUCUUCUGGACUGGAUUAAGUGCAAGGCUGCUCCGACGGAUUCGGCGGUGCAGUUUUAUAACUCGGCGCUGGGCGUGGGUGUGAGCGGGAUCAAGGAUGUGAGGAGCAUGAACACGUUUGUGACGGCGGUGAUUAAGAAGAUUGGCCAGAGCGUGUUUAAUACCCUGGCUGGGAUGCUCAGGCAGCGCGGGCUGCAGGCGCAGGUGGUGAUGGCUGGCACAUGGUGCUAG